UCAACACAAGCACACAAACGCACUUAACAUUAGAAGGGACGCACAGAAACAAACUGUUUUUUUAAUCUUUAUUAUUUCUUUCCCAGAGCUUUUAACUGAAGGGUUUAGCUGCAAGUUACCGAGUCGCGAUGCCUUUUCUCGGACAGGACUGGAGGUCACCGGGUCAGAACUGGGUCAAAACCGAAGAAGGAUGGAAAAAGAGGACAGCAGAAGACAAAAACAACAACGUCUCUGUGGAGAGCUUCUGCAACAAGGAGAACCUGCUGCUCUCUCUCAGCUAUGACGUGUCAGCCAAGAAGAGGAAAAAGGAUCUGAUGAACAACAACGACUCCAAAGUCCCCUAUUUCCAUCGGGAAAAGUGGAUUUAUGUUCAUAAGGGAAGCACCAAGGAGCGCCACGGAUAUUGUACACUGGGAGAGGCCUUCAACCGCUUGGAUUUCUCAAGCGCCAUCAAGGACACGAGGAGAUUUAAUUACGUUGUCAGACUACUGGAGCUUAUCGCCAAGUCGCAGCUCCCGUCGCUCAGCGGUGUGGCGCAGAAAAACUACAUGAAUAUUCUGGAGAGGGUUGUUCAGAAAGUUCUGGAUGACCAGCAGAACGUCCGCCCCAUCAAGGAGCUGCUGCAGACGCUGUACGUCUCGCUGUGUGGUCUCGUUCAGGACAUGGGCAAGUCGGUGCUGGUGGGGAACAUAAACACCUGGGUGCACCGCAUGGAGAACAUCCUGCAGUGGCACCAGCAGCUGAACAACAUCCAGAUCAACAGACCUACAUCAACAGGGAUGACCCUGACAGACCUGCCUUCCAGUCUGCAGCUAAACAUCAUGCAGCGACUAACAGACGGCAGGGACCUUGUAUGCCUGGGCCAGGUGUGUCCGGAGCUCGGGAGCCUAGCUGAGGACCGCCUGCUGUGGAAGAAACUCUGCCAGUACCACUUCACAGACAGACAGAUCCGCAAGCGUCUGAUGGUUUCAGAGAAAGGUCACCUAGAGUGGAAGAAAAUGUACUUCAAACUGAGCCGCUGCUACCCUCACAGAGAGCAGUACAGCGACACCUUGCACCUCUGCACACUCUGCCACAUCCUUUUCUGGAAGGAUACCAACCAUCCAUGCCCGGCCAACAACCCUGAAAGCUACACCACCUCCCUCUCCCCUCAGGACUUUAUCAGUCUGUUUAAUUUCUGAUCCCCUGCAACAAACACUCCCCUUCUCCUUCAGAACACCCCAGAAGUACGGACUGGACUGUACAUACUGUUCUUUGUACAUACAAAUGUUUUUGUUUCAUAUCUCAUUCAUGUCCUGGAUGUAUAUAUUUACUUACGGCAUGGAUCUGGAGGGAAUGCAGGCUGUGGGACAAUUAUGCAAUUUGAUUUAGUUUUGAAUUUUUGGGUGAGAA